UUGACCUCGGAAGCAGUCGGCGGCGCUCGGAAGCGGCGGCGGGACGCGGGAGUCGGCAGGCUCUGAGACUGCAGGAUGGUCGGAGGCGGCGGGAAGCGCCGGCCCGGCGGGGAGGGCCCGCAGUGUGAAAAAACAGUUGAUGUGAAGAAGAGUAAAUCCUGUGAAGCUGAUGUCUCCAGUGACCUUCGAAAAGAAGUAGAAAAUCAUUAUAAGCUUUCUCUACCUGAAGAUUUCUAUCACUUCUGGAAGUUCUGCGAAGAACUGGAUCCUGAAAAGCCAGCUGAUUCACUUUCCGCAAGCCUUGGUCUUCGAUUAGUGGGUCCUUAUGAUCUCCUUGCCGGAAAACAUAAAAUGAAGAAAAAAUCAGCAAGCCUGAAUUUUAACCUUCACUGGAGGUUUUACUAUGAUCCACCUGAGUUCCAGACCAUUAUUAUUGGAGAUGAUAAAACUCAAUUCCACAUGGGGUAUUUCAGGGAUUCUCCUGAUGAACUUCCUGUAUAUGUUGGUACAAAUGAAGCAAAGAAAAAUUGUAUAAUUGUUCAAAAUGGAGAUAAUGUGUUUGCUGCAGUCAAAUUAUUUUUGAUGAAAAAACUUAAAGAAGUAACAGAUAAAAAGAAAACUAGUCUCUUGAAAAACAUAGAUGAAAAACUCACAGCAGCAGCCAGAGAACUGGGGUACUCCCUGGAACAGAGAACGAUGAAGAUGAAACAGAGAGAUAAGAAAGUCGUGACAAAGACCUUUCAUGGUGCAGGCUUGGUUGUCCCAGUAGAUAAAAAUGAUGUUGGGUACAGAGAGCUCCCUGAAACAGAUGCCAACCUCAAGAGAAUUUGCAAGACAAUUGUUGAGGCAGCAAGUGAUGAGGAGAGGCUGAAAGCUUUUGCUCCCAUUCAGGAAAUGAUGACUUUCGUGCAGUUUGCUAAUGAUGAAUGUGAUUAUGGCAUGGGGCUUGAGUUGGGAAUGGACCUCUUUUGUUAUGGUUCACACUAUUUUCAUAAAGUUGCUGGCCAGCUUUUACCUCUUGCAUAUAAUCUGUUGAAGAGGAAUCUCUUUGCAGAAAUUAUUGAAGAUCAUCUGGCAAACAGAAGUAAAGAGAACAUAGACCAACUUGCAGUAUGAGUGAGAGUUGUCUUUCUUUGGUGUUCAGUAUUUUAAAGCAUUAAUAUUAAACAUGAUUUUUUGUUAAGGAAUACAUGAAAUAAAUUGAUGGAAACAUUUACUAAUAACUUUUAUAAAGCU